CUCCUCGUGCUGUCCUCGCCGUGCACGCGCGUGGUACCCACGGUCGUGAGGAGGAGGAGGAUGUUGCGCGUGAAGGGGAAAUGGCUGCCGAAAACAAGCCGGAAGGACUGAAGAAAGUUCGUAAUCCGGAUCGAAUGUACAGAUCAGCAGUGUGUUAUGCUGGCCAUGGUCCACCUAAGAGUAUCAGUGAUGACACAGAGACGAACAAUGAACAUGGACAUUUGAAAAUAUACCUGCCCAAGAAGCUGCUUGAAUGUCUACCAAAAUGCACCUCGCUGCCAAAGGAGCGACACCGGUGGAACACUAAUGAGGAGAUCGCAGCUUACUUGAUAACAUUUGAAAAGCAUGAAGAAUGGCUAACGACAUCCCCUAAAACAAGGCCGCAGAAUGGGUCGAUGAUAUUGUACAAUAGGAAGAAGGUGAAGUACAGAAAGGAUGGCUACUGCUGGAAGAAGAGGAAAGACGGGAAGACCACACGGGAGGAUCACAUGAAGUUGAAAGUGCAGGGAGUUGAGUGUCUGUAUGGCUGCUACGUCCACUCCUCCAUCAUCCCCACCUUCCACCGUAGGUGCUACUGGCUGCUCCAGAACCCUGAUAUUGUGCUCGUCCACUAUUUGAAUGUUCCGGCCAUUGAGGAUUGUGGGAAACCAUGUGGUCCGAUCCUGUGCUCCAUCAAUACAGACAAGAAGGAAUGGGCCAAGUGGACAAAGGAGGAGCUGAUCGGCCAGCUCAAGCCCAUGUUUCAUGGCAUCAAGUGGACUUGCAGCAAUGGGAACAGCAGCUCUGGCUUCUCAGUGGAGCAGCUAGUGCAACAGAUUCUGGACAGCCACCAAACUAAGCCACCUCCCCGGACUCACAACUGCCUCUGCACGGGCACCCUGGGUGCAGGGAGCAGUGUGCACCACAAAUGCAACAGCGCCAAACACCGCAUCAUCUCCCCAAAGGUGGACCCCCGCUCAGGAGGCUACAGCAGUACUCACUCUGAGGUGCAAAACAACGAUGUGUCGGAAGGGAAGACCGAGCACAGUGCCCAUGGUGGAGGCAAAAGCUCUGGGGGAGGAGGCGGAGGGGGAAGUGCCAGGGAGAAACGCAAUGGCAAAGUCCACAAGCCGGUCCUGCUGCACCAGAACAGCACGGAGGUGUCAUCCACUAACCAGGUUGAGGUCCCUGACACCACGCAAAACUCCCCUGUGUCCAUCAGCAGCGGCCUCAACAGUGAUCCAGACAUGGCUGACAGCCCCGUGGUGACAGGGAUGAGCCACGUGGCCUCUGUCAUGUCUGGCCUGUCCCAGAGUGUCUUUAUGUCUGAGGUCACUGGAGACCCUGUCUACAGCAUGUCUCCAACCGGGGGUCCCAACACUCACCUGAUGGGUGCAGAUGCCACCUCACAGGGCUUGGUGCUGUCUGUGACCUCUGACCGUCACAAAUUUGCCUUCCCCGGUGGAGGAGUAGGGGAAACUGGGACUACUGCAACAGGAGACAGUCUGUCCAUGAUGGGAUCAGCAGGCGUGUCUGAGGAACUGGUGCUCUCCAGCAGUCUGGACGCUGGGAACAUCAAGAUCCCAGAAACCAAUAUGAACUUUGACCCAGACUGCUUCCUGAACAACCCCAAACAGGGCCAGACCUAUGGAGGCAGUGCUAUGAAGACAGAGGGCAACUCUUCCUCAACCUCAUCUUCCUCCGGUGGCAACAGUUGCACCAACGGCAAUCUGCAGCGCUCCCCACCCAUGUCAGAUAAUGGCUACACCUUCAGCUCAGCUUUGGUAAAGAACAUCAAGACAGAAGACACAUCCUUUGAGCAGCAGCUGGCCAAAGAGAGUGGCUACCAGGUGGGGCCUGUAGUAAACUGUGGCAGCGGGGUGUCUGUGUCAUCUGGUGCUGGUUCAGGCCAGGGCAGUCUUACUCUGACCCCUGCAGGCUCCCUCCUACCUUCUGGUGGGGGUCUGAGUCCAAGCACUACACUGGAGCAGAUGGAUUUCAGUGCCAUUGAUGCCAAGCAGGACUAUACUUCCAGCGCCCCCACAGUGAGCUAUGGCCAGGCCAUGGCCAGUCCUCACAUGCAACACCAGAAUCGUUCUCCCAGCUUCUUCCUCCAGGAUUCUUCUCAGACCGGCCAGCCUCAGCAGGGGAGGCCCAGCCUGGGCCAGAAAACACAUAUGAUGGAGCACAACUCCCAUGAUUCUGGAGCUUAUAUGGGGCUGCAAGUGGUCAAGACGGACUCCCCUGGCAGCAACGGCCACCUCCACCAUCACCACCAGGCCCACCAGACCCAGCACAGGGCCAACUGUAAUGGAGGCUCACCCACAGAGGGGCCCGGCCAGGCUGGCUCUCUCCAGCUGCUACAGUACCAGGGGAGCUUUCCUGGGCUGGGCACUGAGCAUGAAGAGGUGGUGGGUCUAGAGCAACAAGGCAAUGUGAGUUCAGGUCAGGGCGGAGCCACUGAGAAUGGACCUGAGAAUCUACUCAAGCCAGGAGACCACAUUCAAGCCUGUGGGGCAGGAAACGGCGAGGGCGCAGAACACUACCUGCAACAGGCCUCGGAUGGUGGCGGAGGAGGGACUGGAGGUGCAGGAGAAGGAGUAGCAAUUCAUAAUGGCAACAACAGCAAUGAUGGCAGCAACCGUUCCCAGCAGCAACAGCAGCUGCAGCCUCUUCUCCAAGGCACGAAUAUGGUCCAGGGACUCUACAACGCUGUUGGACCCCACCAAGGCCUGGGCGGAGCGGCCAGUAAUGGAGGAGCAGGAGGGACAGGCAUGGAGAUCAGUCUGGAUCACUUUGACAUCUCUUUUGGUAACCAGUUUUCCGACCUCAUCAAUGACUUCAUCUCGGUGGAUGGUAGUGGAACCACCAUGUCAGCUGGAGGGGCCCUGUAUGCUCAUCAGCUAGUCACAUCCCACAGCUCCGAUAGUCAGAAUACAGCUGGUGGGCCCCCCCAGCAAGGCCAAGAGGAUGGAGGGGCCAGGGGCUCCGGCUACAGCCCCUCAGAGCUCUGCCUUCAACCCUGCUGCAGCCCCCAGUCUCUGAGCGGAGGGGCUGGAGCAGGGGGAAACACAGGAGAGCCUGGCUCCUUGUCCUACAUGAAUGUAGCAGAGGUGGUUUCUGCGGCUGUAGCCCAGGGGGCUCUGGGGAUGCUUCAAGCCACAGGUCGGCUCUUCAUGGUCACUGAUUACUCCCCUGAGUGGUCUUACCCAGAGGGUGGAGUUAAGGUGCUGAUCACUGGGCCCUGGCAGGAGGCCAGCUCAAACUACAGCUGCCUGUUUGACCAGAUCUCAGUCCCAGCCUCUCUCAUCCAGCCAGGGGUGCUGCGCUGCUACUGCCCAGCUCAUGACACCGGUCUGGUAACGCUGCAGGUGGCUGUCAGUAACCAGAUCAUCUCCAACUCAGUGGUGUUUGAGUACAAGGCUCGCGCUCUUCCUUCACUGCCAUCAUCUCAGCACGACUGGCUCUCGCUGGAUGAUAACCAGUUCAGAAUGUCUAUCCUGGAGCGCUUGGAGCAGAUGGAGAGGAGGAUGGCAGAGAUGGCCAGCCACCAGCAGUCGAGCAGUGCAGGGAGUGGCGGAGCUGGAGGAGGAACAGGGGGAGGAGGAGGAGGGGGAGGAGGCGGAGGAGGUGGAGGCAACAACAGCCAGUCACAGUGUUUAUCUGGUCAGACGCAGGCCAGCAGCUCCUUUGAGAGUCGUGUCGUGGUGGUCUGUGAGAAGAUGAUGAGCAGAGCUUGCUGGGCCAAGUCCAAACAUUUAAUCCACUCCAAGACCUUCAGAGGCAUGACACUCCUUCACCUGGCUGCAGGCCAGGGCUACGCCACCCUCAUCCAGACACUCAUCAAGUGGCGUACCAAACAUGCUGACAGUAUUGAUUUGGAGUUAGAAGUGGACCCUCUCAAUGUAGAUCACUUCUCCUGCACACCUCUGAUGUGGGCAUGUGCACUGGGUCACCUGGAGGCAGCAGUGGUUCUGUAUAAAUGGGACAGACGUGCCCUCGCUAUCCCAGACUCUCUGGGUCGCUUACCCCUCUCAAUUGCCCGAUCUCGUGGUCAUACCAAAUUGGCUGAAUGCCUGGAGCAGCUACAAAGAGAAGAGCAGCAGCAGCCCACCCUACCACCCACAACUCGCAUGUCUUUCUCCCCAGCCCCUGACACCCCCACCACAGACAGCUGGAUGGUCAGCUGGGCAAACAACAGUGGAGUAGCACCCAGCGGCAAGAAAGGGGGUCCUGCCACCACUACAACCACAUCCAGCACCACAAGCCUAAAUCCAGACUUAAGAAGGCCCAGGUCAGAGCCCUCCAACUACUACAGCAGCGAGGGUCAAAGAGACCUCCCACUAGCGAAAAAACAUAAACCCAACCCAGAACUGUUUCAGACUCGGCCUGACAAGGCCAUGUCUGUUCCACUGAGCCUGGAGCAGCAACAGCUCCACAAGCUGUCCUCUAGCCCCAAGAGCCUGUCCUCAGAGGGCCUGAGCUCAGACAAGAGCCUGUCUACAGGAGGCAGCACUGGGACAACCAGAUGGACAUCCAGAGAAAGUUUCUCCAGCAGUGGUAUGGGGAGGAAGGCGUUGGGUGUCAGCGGAAGCAGCAGCCUGGGGAAGGAGAAACUGGUCAAUCGGUUGCGUCAGCGGGAACAGCUAGGCAUGCUGGUGAUGGCUGACAGAGAAAUGGCUGAUGCGGAACUAUUAUCCUAUCGGGAAGACCUGGAGAACCAGGACUGUCUCACACAGAUGGAUGACCUGCAGGCAAACAUGAUGACUCUAGCAGAGCACAUAAUUGAAGCAACGCCAGAGAGAAUCAAGAGGGAGAACUUCACUGCAGCCGAGUCUGUGCCCUUAGACACGUCAGGGGUCAGCAACACCAUGAACUGGCUGGCCAACUACCUUGGAGAUGUGGAACAGCUGCCGAGCAUCAUACACCUACGAUCUCUCUAUAACGAACCCCUGACCCCAUCGUCCAACCCUAGCCUCAGUCCUGGGGGGUCUCCACUGAGAGAGGGCCCCCUGGAAAGGUCCACACUCCCAUCCCCAGCCGACUGGAGUGAGUUCAUCAAUGCCUCCAACAGCAAAGUGGAGCGAGACCUGGCCCAGCUGACUCUGUCAGAUCCAGAGCAGAGAGAGCUGUAUGAGGCCGCCCGCCUAGUCCAAACUGCCUUCCGCAAGUACAAGGGGCGGCCACUCAGAGAGCAACAGGAAGUAGCUGCUGCUGUUAUUCAACGUUGUUACAAGAAAUACAAACAGCUAACAUGGAUAGCCUUGAAGUAUGCACUUUAUAAGAAGAUGACGCAGGCCGCCAUCCUUAUCCAGAGUAAAUUCCGCAGCUACCACGAACAAAAGAAGUUUCAGCAGAGCAGGAGGGCUGCCGUGCUCAUUCAGCAAUACUACCGCAGCUACAAGGAGUUUGGCAGGCUGAAGCCCCACCACCGCGGGGCUGCUGCUGCCCUGGUGCAGCACAAACUGAGAAGCAGUCUGCUCACAAAGAGGCAGGAUCAGGCUGCCAGGAAGAUCAUGAGGUUCCUACGUCGCUGCCGCCACAGCCCCUUGAUGGACCAUAGACUGUUCAAGCGGGUGAGUGCAGCCUCAGCAACUCAGGUGAAAGAAUUGAAAAGGGCCAGGGAACAUGAGACCCCUCAGAAGAGCCCCCUCGCGAUGUGACAUCACUCUCCUGACUCCUCUUUUCUUUUUUGUUUGUACCCGAGACAUUUUACAAGAGAAAUGGAAGAAAAAAAACAUCAAUGCAAGCACUGCAAUUAUUACUACUACUGCAGUGUUACUGGUUCAACUACUAUUACAUGUACAACAGCAUUUUUUCACAUAUCUAUUCUUUCCACUGACUUGUUUUUGGUCGGAGAGUGGCAACUUCUACGGGAUUAUAAACUAAAAAGGGUCGGGGUGGGGGGUGCAGAACAUUUGCUUCAUGGCAUUUUUUGCACUUUUUCAUGGAUUGCUUUGUCUUUUUUGAAUAUGAAGAUGUUUGGGACGGGGAGGAAGUGAACACAGGACAUGCCUGUGGAGGUCUGUCAAACACGAGGACCUCAAGAGACGUAAGGCUGCUGCAGAAGAUCUCAGAGGAUAGGGAGACCACGCAGAAACACUCUGGGCUCUAAUUGUAUUUCAUAAUUUUUUAAGUGACAAAUCAAUUCAUUUGGAGAAGGAUUUUUUUUAACCAAAUAUAUUGGUUACCCACACGCCCACUUCUAUCCACUGCUGUAGAUGAUAUGAUAUUCAAUUUAGCUCAACAAUUCUUGCUGUCCCACUGUGCUCUGCCCCACCAGUCUGCCUACACGGGUGGAGCUACAAAUGAAUGUAGUCCGGGGUUUAACCAUGCAGAAGCAGAUGGGGGAUAAAAUAAUUCUGUUUUGCCAUUUCGUAAAAAAAAACCUAUGCUUUAUCGUAUAUAUUGUCACUUUCUUACUUGAAUUUGUUCCAUACUGUCCAAUGUAUUUGUUCCAUCAUGUCCAAUGUAUUGGUGAUCUGUAUCUUCAGACUCUAUGUUGUUGAAUCCUACCAAGAAAAAAUGCAUGACUUCUUGGCAAGAAAAGUCUUUGCUUGUGUGCUUAUGGUCUAGUCUUUCAGCCUAUCCUCUGAUUUUCUUUUUGUUUCCAUCUUCUCCGCCAUAAGUUCUAUCAUCUCAGUAAUGAAGCUAUCCCCGUAUUGUCUUUGUUUCUUUGUAUUCUCUUUAGUUUCAUUUUGUUUCGUUCAGUUGAUUGAUCCUCUGAAAUCUAACACGAGAAAAGAACUUGCCUAUUUUGUGUUGUAAUGGUUAUGGUCAUGCAGGUUAUUACUGUUCUUUUUAAAUGAACUUCAGAGCCUGUUAAAGGCUUUUGAGGGGAAGAUCACAUACAUUGCCUUGACGUCUUAGAGAUUCUUUGAGGGGUCCCUAAGCUUGUCCCAAAAUAGGGGUUUGACAAAUCCAUAUUUUUGACAAUUGAGCGAUUUCUGUAUAUAAAGAAGGCUGAAAGUACGUAGGAAAAAAACAUUUACCCAAAGGGGAUUGUAUUUUAGAAAUAUAUUAUUUUAUUCAUUAAAAAAUGGGUCAAAAACAGGUACGAGACAAAAACAGAAUAUUUGUAUAGUUUUGUUUGAAUGCCUAAGAAGUAUGGUUGUAUUGUUUGUAAAUAGUGUAAAUACCUGGGAUAAAAAUGAGCUAUGUGCAUGAAAAGUAUGAACAGAGUCAAAAGGGAAAAAACAACAAAAGCAGUAGUGGCUAUGCUCUGUAAAAUUAAAACUAUUUCACUAUUAGAGUAUUUUAUUUUAUUUUGAUUGUUCUUGAGAAGAACAUUUUGCUAAAGCAUGAUAUUAUUGCAAUAUAAAAAUGUUAAAAAAAAUACUGUAUUUAGAGUUAGGAGAAGUCUGCAAAAUUAUCUUAAAACAAGUAUGGUUAUGUUUACAUUUCUUUUUUUAUUUGUUUGUUUUGGGCUACCAAGAAUCUUUUGCCAAUGGUGCCAAGGUAUGUGAAUGCUAUAUAGCUUAAGAAGAGAAUUAAGUUAAUUUUUGCAGAACAGAUAAUCAUACAGUGAAAUACACACUAGCACUGAAGACCAUGAGAUCACAAGUGGUCGAGGAUCACUAGAACAAUAAGGUACACAGUUUGAAAAGGGAGUCAUAUUUAAGCAGAAAGCAUUUAAGUCUCUCAUAUCUCCACCAUUCACGCAGAUAACUGAAGCAUUUGACCAUCACUGAAUAAACCAUAGCAGAGUUUGAGUUUUAUUUUUGUUGUCAUCGCAAAUGGAAUGUGUUACUGAGGUAUCUUGCCUGAUCUUGAAGAUUGGCAGCCUUGUUCACGGUGUUCCUGUAAAGCAAUCACUCUCUGUCACUGAGAAAGAUUGAAUUCGCCUCUUUAAAUUUACACGAUGUUGCAGCAGGCAUUGAUUUAUCAAUUCUUGGCUAAUCCCUGUAACAAACCGGUGACAGGAUUUUCCUAAUACAAUUUGUUUUAAUAAAAGACACCUUGAUCAAGGCUGCCAGGAUCUAAAUAGACUUUGUAUACCAUGUCAAAAAGAACAAAGAAAAAGAUGUCUAGUUGAAAAACAUGUGUAGCAUACUGAACAUGACUGGAUUUCUUUGUCAAGCAGCUGAAAGCAUUUGCAAAACUACAACUGUUCCAACAGUCAAAGGUGCUAAACCGAUUCUAUCCGGAAGGACAGCACUAAAAAGUUGUCACUUGCCUCGAUGCAGGGUCAAUGAGCCAAAAUGACUGUAGUAACUAAAACAGUGCACUGGUGCCAUUUAUAAUUAUAAGGCAUACGAUGUGUCUUGUACAUUGGAUAAUAUAUACAUAUAUAGCAGUUUUGAUUGGGCUGUAGGAACAAUCUGAGAUGGAACAUGAGCUGCUGGUGUCGAGGUGCCUGUUGGUUGCUGCCUAAUUUCUACAAUAUAUUUUACAAGAACUACCAGAAAGUGUAUUCUGUAUCAAAGUAAUGACAUUUGAUUAUUCAGCCAAGUGCCACUGAAAAACUUGAGUUUUGUUUAUUGAAGUGUUGUCAUGUUUGUCAAAUAAUUAUUAGGCUAAGUAGGUAUUUCUCCGAUUUAUUUCCUCGACUGACUGACUGGUUGUUUUGUUGUUUUUCCACACACCUGAUAUGUAAACUUUAUUUCCCGAGUGUUUAUGUAGAAAGUGCCUAUUCAUAUCCUGAUCACACAAACCCAGUGUCAGAAUGCAUUCAAUGUACCUGAGGUUGAGAGAAUGUGAACGAACAUUGGUCGCCCACAGACAGUGCUGUAUCCUCAACAUGAACACACAUGAUCACCAUCACCUUACACUCACCAAAGCCACAAUAUGAUAUUCCCCGUUCACUCCAGUAUCAGUACAGCACUCCAGCUUGUCAACAUGCUAAGCUUUAUUUUUAUUUUCAUGCCUUCUUUUUGUUAUGUUUUUCUAAUGGGACAGCUUGUUAAAAUCACUCUUAGAAAUGCCACUACUGGGGUUUGUUGCCUUGCAUUCAUCCUCCUGGUCUGUGGUUAGAAUGCAUAGCCAAUGCAAUGUCGUGGCAAAAAGGAGAAGGAUUUAUUAUGCUUGCAUGGGUAAAAUAGUUAACUGGGUGACCGAACUGCACCUAAAGCAUGCUUAUUUUUCCUAGAAUCGGUAGUCAGAUAGACUUGUUAAAAGACUUACUGUUCUGUCAAACGAUGAACGUUGGUUUGACGUGUCACAGAACUCAGAAAGACAGAGGGCAUGUGACUGGAGGACUGACAGGAAACCCACAAAUGAGCCAAUGAUCGAUACUCGGCAGUAGCUGCUGAGGUUUUUCAUAGCAAAGCACGAGGACAGGAUUGUUUUUAGACCAAGCUCUAACUUUUUAGACCUUUUCUUUAGUUUUUUAAAUUCUUUUAGAUCUUAUCAGUGUGCUCCCAACUUAAAAUAGGACAAAGGGACAAGGUUGGAGGCCAUUGUGACAGUAUGUAUAGCAAGUAUUAACUAAGUGACACACAGUACACACGAACACAUGCACAAGACACAGCACAGCACACAUGCAGACAUGUCAAGGUGUCAGUUUCAUUUGUACACUGAGCAGCAUUGCUCUUGUCCAGGCUGAGGGACUGGUUCACCUCCCUUCUGUAUUUUACUCAGGGUGCCAAAAUGGGGAGGAGGAAGCAGAGCGGGACACGUGAUUCACAGCAGAAGAAGCUGAAGUUGAAAUAGAGAAACUUUUCAGCAGUGCUUUCUGGUAAAGACAGACAGGUUCACCGUCUUUAAAAUGAAUGAAUAUCAAAUAUAAUCCAUUUCCUCUGAGUAACGUUGAACACUGCAGACAUCGGUGGAGCCCUGGAAUAAAAGGCCUGUUAUAUAUAGCUCAUUAAGAUAAAUGAUUUGACUUUCUGUCUUAGAAGACUGUCAAAUCAUAGUAUAAUUCUGGCCAGUUCUUUAGGCCUUUAAUUUAUCUAAGUGACAAAGUGUAGAGGGUAUUUAAGAUUAAGAGUGUAGUUAUAUGAAAAGUUCACCUGCAAAUCUUGUUUUUACUGCCAUUUAUGAAUGGGAUGACAGGUUAGCUGAUAGGCACUCUUGAUAUAUAGUAUUAUCAAUUUCAAGACGUUCUGUGAAUUGACCUGAGAAUCUGCCUUUCCUCCUCUUCUUUUUCCCGAGCACCCAAACCAGAGAAAGGUAGGCACAUCAGGACAACAGAACAGAAACAGUUUUACAACAUAUUCCACUUGUGGACACAGAGCAAUAAAGAACUAUUUUGUGGAGACCUAUAGACCUAGUGAAGUUUAAAAUGAUUGGACACAUGUAGUCGACUUACUCUUAUGCAAAUGCCAGUAUUGCAAGACAAGCAUUCAGUAGUUUAUGGACAGCAAUUAUAUGGCACCCUUUACCGAACUGCACGUUUUCAUCAAUUCCAAACCGAGAAGAAAAAAAAGGCCCUGCUUUGAUAGAAAGUUACGGGUCCUCGACACUUUGCAUGUGAACUAGUGUUAGAUCUAUUUUCCUCUCCUCUAUAGCUGUCUUUCUCUCUGUCUUUCCCUGUUAUGUGACCCAAUUUUUCUCCGCUCCCGACCCCUGCCCUUAAAACUUCAUCUCCUCUUGGUUCUCCUAAUGUGUUUUGCUUUUCUCCUUUUUCUUCCCUUCUCUUGUUUGUAAGUUUUAUUUUUGUAAUUGUGCAUGUACAAGCGUCACUGACUCGAUGGAUAUGUUAAAAAAAAAAGAGAUUUCAGCUGCUGAAGCCAUGCAAAACGUUUUGAAUUGCCCUUAAAAUAUGGAAGAUGUUUUCUGAAUGCU